AUGGCUUAUUUCGGGAACAUAGAUACCAUCAAUGUCACUGCCUUGCCAAUGGUGCCAGUAGACGAGCACCUGACUGUCUCCCUCGCUGCGCGGAACGCGAUGAAGAAUGCCGCAAGGAAGAAUCUGGAAGACAACCCACCCUCCUGCCUUAUUGGUUCCAUCCACCAGGUGAACGAAACGAUUGGGGAGCUAGAUCUGAGUCCCAAUGCGUUGGCCAACAACCUGGCAAUUGAGAGAUUUGAGUUGGAGAAGAAGGCUUUGAGAGAGAAAAGUCACGGCGACCCGGGAGACAGAGACAAGAGUCACAGAAAAUCGCAGCAUAUUUGCAGAGGCUCGGAAUCUAGGAAUGUCAAAUCUUUCAUCAAUAAAAGGAAAACAGCAGAUAAAAAUCUGCUGGUGGAGCUGUACCAGCACCCACAUAAAUUUAACAGCGCUGUGCCGAACAGGCUUCCAAAUGGGGUGAACUUCUGUGACAUGGUGGGCAAUGUGGUCCGGGCUGAGAGAAACCGCCUUAGUGGCAAGUCUUUCUGUUCCGAUAGAGAAUUAGAGAAGUUUCUCUCUUCUCCUUCUCCAAGAGCCAUAUGGCUGGAUAGCUUCUGGUGGAUCUUUCACGAGAGGUACCAGCCAAACAAGGAGAUCCAGAAUAAGCUGUUUGAUCGGAUAUCCCAACACUAUGCGUCUCUCUUGUUGCAUGAAUCCAAAUCCCACUAUGAAGAGGCUCUCUUGAAAAGGCUGCCAUCUCUUCUGAGUAAAGCCCUGUACACCAGCUUCUGUUGCUGCUUCCCACAGUCCUGGUUCAACACGCACGAUUUCAAGUCGGACAUCUGCAACACAAUGAGCCUGUGGAUUUCGGGUAUAUAUCCUUGCCUACAGAGCUAUAACAGCUGGGACUACUCGGAACUAGAUCCAGAGAGAUUCCGGAGAGAAGAAUUAAUUGUGCAGAGAAAACGACUGUUAAAGAGAAGAGAGUUUCCUUUGUCCACUUCUAAGAGCUAUGCCUUCCAGAAGUCUACCCAGAGCAAGGAAGCCCAGGGCCCGAAGUCUUCCUGUAUAAAUUCAACCACGGAGAAAGGUCCUGUGGCCCAGAAGAAAUCACGGGAUGGCUCACAAACACAGAAUGCCACGAAAGAGAAUCACCGGCAGACUCUGGUCUUGAGGAAAGCUGCAAAACAAGUCAAGAGGAUAUCAGAAGCAAGAGAAUUUGAGAAUAUGCUUCCCAAGCAGUCUUACCCAGCCUGCAAAAGCCCCGAGCCGACUUUGAACUUCUUCAACAUUUACGGGAAGAGCCCUCUGAUUGUGCACUUCCUCCAGAACCACGCCAGUCUGCAGCAGCACGGCAAAGACAUGUUGAUAGUCAGAAGGGAAAAAACCAAGAGCAUCCCUGAGUCCAUCCUGACGUACGCCGAGGUCAUCGAACUGACCCUGAUCAACAUGAAGAAACGGAAGGAAAACCUUCGUGUGCUGAACUGGCUCCACUGGAAUGAAUGGAGUUACUUUCACGAAUACCUAAAGGCACUACAAGAAAACUUCCUCAGGGAGGUGAAGAAUAUCGAUCAAAGAGCAUUGGAUCAAAAGAAGGCAAAUCGCAUGUUCAUCCAACCUUCAACCUUCAUUGAAGAGUCCCCCGACAAGAAAUUUAGAGGAAGCCAUGAGAGGGAGAUGGCGUUUAUUUCAAGGAAGGACACCAAGGAGUCAAAACCAACUCAGAAAAAGGAAGUCAGUUUCCAUAACCCCUCACCUUGUAACACACCUGGAUGA